UUAAGUUUUGAAUAAUCAUGUCUUAGUUGCAAAUCCCCUUCUAAAUGAAAUCACUCCGUUUCUAUGGAUUCCUUCACGUUUGUGUUAUUAGCAAUCGUAUUACAAUUUAGUCUAGUCAUUGACGAACUGUCUGCUGUGCAAUGUACCAUGCGCAUUUUUAUAUGUAGGUAUAUCCUAGCUCGCCUUCCUGUGCUCUAUUAGGAAUCCAGAAUGGAUGGAAUAACUACCAUUAUAUUGUUCAGUCUGGCUAUGCUGGUUGGCUGUUACCUGGCUGGACUAAUACCACUUACUGUCACUCUCUCUGAGACAAAGCUUCAGUAUGUGACCCUUGUAGGAGCUGGGCUUCUGGUGGGCACAGCACUAGCAGUCAUCAUACCAGAGGGAGUCAACACCAUCAUCCAGGGGGGCCACAAAGCCGCGGCGGCACCCACCGCCGGGUCGGGCCACAGUCACACCCACGGCGAGGGCGGCGGCGCGGAGGAGCUGCACUCUCUGGUCGGCCUGGCGCUGGUGUCUGGGUUUAUCCUGAUGCUGCUGGUGGACCAGUGCACACAUCGGCACAGCGGCGACCAGGCGGCAGACCCUGAGGGCCGCGGUCCGUCUCGGCCCGGGCCCAACAUGACGGCCACUGUCGGCCUGGUGGUGCACGCGGCCGCCGACGGCGUGGCUCUGGGCGCCGCCGUCGCCUCCAAACGAACCGACGUCGAGCUGAUCGUGUUCGUUGCUAUCAUGCUGCAUAAGGCGCCGGCCGCGUUCGGCCUGGUGACGUUUCUGCUGCACGAGGGCCUCGAGCGCGCCCGCGUGCGCCGCCAUCUGCUGGUGUUCUCUGUGGCUGCGCCGCUGAUGGCGCUGCUCACCUUCUUUGGAAUAGGACAGGGCGGCGGCGAGGCGCUGGCCGACACCAGUGCCACCGGUCUGUGUCUGCUGUUCAGCGCCGGUACCUUCCUGUACGUCUCCACCGUGCACGUUCUGCCGGAGGUGGUCUCUCGCGGUGACCGAAAACACUUCUCGCUGACCGAGAUGGGCUGUCUGGUGGGCGGCUGCCUGCUGCCGGUGCUGCUGUCGCUCAACCAUCACCACUAGCGCCGCCUGGUGGGUAUAGCGUGAAUUGGGCCGGCCGGAGGACGGAGUGGUGGCCGCUGGGCCCGAUGGAGAUGGCAGUGGUUCGCAUGGUGCUCAGACGGUAGAGGACGCGCCGGCGCUGUCGGAGCCGUGUCGUGCUGGGCACCUGGGCAGCACACCGGUCAGUCGGUGACCUGGAAGGACUGGAGCUCGUCUCCGUCAGUCUAGAGGUACUGCUGAUGGCCUUUGCCAGAUCGAAGGAUGUGAUCUGCUCGUCCGUCUAGAGGGGCUGCGGCUGCGCUGUGUCGGGUGUAGAGUGGCGCCAGAAGACUGCUCCCGAACAUCUGUCUUAGGAUCGUCAUCUGCACCUUACGGACCUCAACCCGGCCUGCCGACCGGCUGUUAAGCGUGAUAUGGAAAGAGGGACUGAUCCGUUGUUAUUGUUGUUGCCUACUAAUGGUACACGCUCACUGCACUAUAGGGAGGGGUACACGGCCGACAGCCCGUAGGUGACAUUUUAACAAACAAUGUCAGGGGAUGAUGACGUGGGAAAGUUUCAGCUGAAUUGCGUGUGGUGAGGUGGAUCUCAGUGAUCAAAGCUGCAGUGUGCAGGUGUGUCGGGUGAAGGCGCUGGUGACAGAAAACACUUGUUCCUGCGCGGUGUGGGGCUGUGGCGGCGUGUCCCAUGAAGGUUCAGCUCUCAUCGGCCGUACAUUAUCACCGGGCCUUUCAGAACUAACCACCCAGUCUUACCAAGCGAAUCCCAUGUCAGAACAGGAAUGAACUGCAGCUACUGGAGUGAACCGCUCACCGUGCUGUGUUUGAACCGUGUGGCUGUGGGACCUGCGGUACUGGGAUGGUACGGCUGCCCAAAGAGCGAGUGAAUGCCAAAGUGGUGUGGUGCGGUGCCUCCGCUGAGCGAGGCAGAUUACGAUAGACUAACAUCGACCAUUCCAAAGGGAAGUGAAUGUUAGCUGGGACUGGCGAAUAUGUAUUAAAUAGGUGAGUUAGUAUUUAUUUUAGGGUGGACAUAAGUCCGCCAAAUGGUUCAUAGUGGGAAAAUAUGCUAGUUCUUUGGGUACACACGAAUUUCUUGUCACAAAGCAUGACCGUGUCAUCGUAUGUUUUUAACUCUGAAAAGGUCCCGGUGUUUGAAUGUAUUGUCUGGCUUCCGAAGGGUGUGGGGGUGAGAAGCCAGGAAAUCGCUACCUAUCGGAUGAGUGACGAAAACCGAAACUGUGUGGAUUGGGAGAGCGGGGAAGCCGUUAUAAUGAGCACGACUGUCUAUUGGUGGGGCGGUCUUGCGACAGGGACCGUCGGAGCGCUGCAAUUUUAUACUGAACGUGGGUGUUGAAAGUGGAAACAGCGCCGCCCAUUUUAUCGUACGUCAUGUGGAAGCUCUGUGGGUGCUGGUCACAAAAAAAUACAUUGUUACUGAUCGGA